CGGUCAUGGCUACAUGAUACCCACCCAUCCAUCCGGCGCAGAGUCACGCAAUUUGAAUACGGUUCUUGGUGUCGUCAUGUGGCCCAAUUUCAGCACUUUUGUGCAGAGCGAGAAAAUAUAGAAGAUUCAGUAACUAGACUAUUUGAUGCCUCGCAUUGGUUUCGAGUUAACAGCUAAAUUGCUCAUGGCCGGAAGAAAGAUUUGUUUUCAGUGUACUCUGGCCACGUGUCCGCCACAAUUGGUCAACAGGGCUAAUAAUUAACGUAACGAAUAUGCAUAGCAGGGAGUUGGUUACGCGGCGAGGAAGGUCAAAGUGGGCGGCACUUUUGGUCAAGCAACAGUUGGUGGCUGUCUAGACUCCACAAUGAGGCAAGGUCAUGCCGACUACCUAUGAAAUUCGUCUUCAUACCAUAUGUAUAUACUAGUUACCAGUUAAGUUAUACUUAUAACGCAUUUAAAUUUAGGACAUGUUUAACCCCCUAUAUCCAACCUCUCAUAUUGCGCCAUAUAAGCAGAGGAUAACACGGGCUUUUCCCCUCACUUAAUGGUGCUAACGGCACGUCCUGGUCGUCGAGAGUCAAAAUCUGUAUAUGAGUGCGGCUUACAUUGUGCGGCGGAAUCAACAGUUGGUGCGUAUAAGCAAAGGGCGGCACUUCGCACGUAUUUUCCAUGGCAAAUUGGGGCGGGGGGACACUCUCGAUUUCACUGUACUCCGGCACAAGUCACGAGCAGGCGGCAAUCGCUCCCAUUGCUCCAGUGUGCGUAUGUUGCGUAUACGCAUGGCUGACACUCGAGGGAUACGACAACAACAAGGAGAACUCGGCACCCGCUCCCUGCCCCACUUUACUUGCACCCCAUCCCAGAGGACAGCAUUUUUCUCAUGCUUCGGCAAUGAGGCAAACACGAGGGCGUACACGCAGCGAAAAGUUGGAGUCACUUGGAGUGGGUUGACCUACAAAUAACCUGUGAAAUAGUAUUGAUAUUGAAGGCCAAUCGUUUUCACUUACGUGUGUGCAAAGUAAUUUCAAUUUCCAUUGGUUUGUAAGUUAGUCUGAGUAUUUUCUCGACGUGUAUUAACGGGAGGAUGCUGGCGCUUCGCUUGGUCGGUCGGCUGCUCCAGCUGCUCCAGUCGCAUUUCGCAUCUGAAAGCGCCCGCAAGUAGGUUACACAUUUUUUCGCCGAGCAAAACAAACAGCACUCCUCUGCCCGCCGUCCAGCUCAUCCGAUCCCAUUGGCCACAGACGAACUGAGUAAGUGGAACUAACUUCCAAAUCCAGCACCGAAAUCGGUUGGCCACAGGUGACACCGCUUUGGUCGCGGUGCCUGGGAUUAGGUGGCCUAAAAAGUCGCGAUUAUCGGAAAGGGGGCGGCAUUCGUUGGGGGUGUGUCAUUGGGGCAACACAAAGCAUAGCGAAAGUGCACUGGGAGCGAGCGAGAGGCAAGAGGUCGAGAGUUGAAAGGACAGCCAGAGAGUUGCGACUAAUUGAGUUAUAGGAAAAAAGUCGCAACACAUUCGACGAGCACCAAGCCCACAUCUCCUCCCACAGAUCUUCAUUACCAUCCGCAGACGAUUCGGCGAUUGCAGCGGCUGUGACACCAUGGAGUACCAGAUGAUUGCACCGGAGCACAGUGAACAGGUGCUGGAGCACCUGCGCCGCAACUUCUUCGCCGACGAGCCGCUGAACAAGGCGGCCGGCUUGUGCCAGAACGGCAGCAGCUGCCCCGCCCUGGAGGCGCACUGUGCCGAGGCCAUACAGCACCGGAUGAGCGUGAUGGCUGUGGACGCGAAGGAGAAGGGUGCCUGCAAAAUAGUCGGCGUCGUCCUCAAUGGCAUCCUCAAGCCGGGCGACACGGCCAAGGCGCUGAGCAAGCUGGACUGCAACGACGACGCAGACUUCCGCAAGAUCUUCGACUUGCUGCACAGGCACAAUCUCAAGCACAAUCUCUUCGAGCACUUCGACGUGGACUGCAUGUUCGACGUGCGCAUCCUAUCGGUGGACUCGUGCUACCGUGGCCAGGGCAUUGCGAAUGAGCUGGUCAAGCGGUCCGUGGCGGUGGCCAGGAAGAAUGGCUUCCGCCUGCUGAAGGCCGACGCCACCGGCAUCUUCUCGCAGAAGAUCUUUCGCUCCCAUGGAUUCGAGGUCUUCUCGGAGCAACCGUACAUCAAGUACACGGAUGAGGAUGGCAAGGUGAUCUUGCCCGUGGAGGCGCCCCACAUCAAGUUGCAGCAGCUCUACAAGGCGAUCUGCGCGGGUGACCAGGAUGAGAAGAAGCAGUCGCUUUAAGGAGUCACCCGGCUGGCUCACAUUUGGAACAAUAAUCUCAUUUAUUUUCUACAUAUACAUACACGCAUAAUCGUUAUUGGAAUGUUUUCGUACUACAAAUAUGAAAAUUAGUUGGGGGGCGUUUAACGGAAAGUUAGCUAGGAACAAUUAUUAUUGUUCUGUGUUAAACAUAACUAUGAAUAACAUUGGAUUUUCGGACUUUCCUCCGACGGUUUUUGGCGCGUCAAUGGAACGCCUCUAAAAUGUACGAGUAGACGCUGCCUGGCAAGUUUACAUAAAUAUGUGUGUAAUUGUUUUUUGUAUGGGGACCAACUGCUAACAAUACCUAAAUAAAGUACACUGUUGUGCCAAAGUUAA